UAUUGAAUGAUUCGGUGGCCUUAGUUAACAAUAACUUUUUGUUGUUGAUUUUGAUAUACUGGAGAAUCGUAAAUUUCGUUUUUUUUUAAUUCGCAGGACAAUGGAUGUUGUUAAAAUACCGAAUGCCAUUGGACAUAAACCAAACGGGAUGACGAAGACUCCUAAUUUUGUUCCCGAUGAAAAAAAAAUCAACUUGGACUUUAUCAACUGCAAUCUCCCUGAGGAUACCUCGCACUACACCAUAUCCGACAAGAAAUCUCCUAAAUUAGCAACGUACUAUUUCAAACACGAAGAAACUGAAAACAAUAUGGAAAAUGAUAUUAAUCACACAGAAACACUUUCUCUAGACAAUCAAACCGACGACCAGGAAAAAAACCAACAAGCUAAAGAUCAUGCCGAAGAAAUCGAUGCUCAGAAACAGAAUGUCAAUCCUAUUCUUCGACCGUUUGGAAACAGCAGAAGCGCUAGACCCAAAUCGUUAUCAGACGACAGGAUUAGAAUUCUAGUCCAGCAAGCGGAGGAAUUGGUGAGCGACAAGCGGCACAUUGGCAAAUUAUCGAAAGUGAACAAAUGGCUGAAGCUCGAAAAGCCCGACGACAGCUGCGACGCCAGCGGCGAGGACGACGAAAAAGAAUCUCAAGCUUCCGAUGAUCUGGACACCAGCAGCGCGACGUUGCGCGGCACGGACAAUUCGACCUCCCAAAACUCCAUUCAAGAUCUCGAUUUGCACUUGAACGGAAAGAAAUGGCUCAGUUCCGGUUCGAGGCUCAAUCGUACCAGCACCGGUAUGAAUAACUUUUCGAUAUCGGAGUCGGCGCUGCACCAAAUGAUUCUGCCGCUCAAAGGAUUUCCUGCAUCGUUUUCCGCCGUUAGCAGCAACAACAUCAACGUUAAUUCCAAUAAUUCGACUUCCUCGACCGUCGAAGAGGUAUUACCGCUAAUAGCUGAAAAGAUAUCUCCGGUCAGAAAAAAGAAAUCGAAGUUGAAGAAAAGACCGUUGGUCGGCAAAUCCGAUACUCAUCUGUUAUAUAAUGGAGGCUGCAAGAACAGGAGCCAUCUCAUCAAGUCUGGUUCAUUUCCUGGUUACAGUACAAAAACUACUAAUGGCAAUACAAACGUCGAGCAGGAGACUUUUACCGGUCACACUUACUACGCGGGCCACAGUGAGACCUCCACUACGAGUGGCGGAGAUAGCGAGGAAGAUAUCCACAAAAGUCGACCUGCUAAUUUCAAAUACGGAGGAAGGACUCGUUAUCUUCAUCAUGAAGCUUCGCGAGACAACAAAUUUGGUAAGAACGUCAUACCCACCGAGGAGCAAUCCAGCUCUCUAUCAGAACAAGCAUGGGACAACUACCAAGAGAACUAUCUUUCCGAACCGUACAGCGAAUCCCACGACUCCGACGCGGCCAGGAGGCUCCUGAAUUUCGGCGAGGACUACAGGAAGUUCAUCGACAGCCAGUCGGACUGGUCGGCGUUCUCCGACAUAUCGCCGCGCAUGAAGAGGAAAUCCUGGCCGCAGCCGAACGACGAAGACUCCAACAGCGACGAGGAGUCUUUGAAGCAGCUGAUCAACGACUCGAGAGACCAGCUGCGCUACGCCGAAGACGUCUACGAGCAGCUCAAGCUCGGCGUGCACGAGCAGCUAGUUACCAGCGAAAUCGACGACUUGAUAACGACAUGUGAACGACACAUAGCUUUGUUAAAGCACAUCAACGAAUCAUCUUACGAGUACAAGAUGUCUUUCGUCGACAAAGCCGUUACGGCAGAUUUGCUAGACCAAUGGAGGGUUCUGAAAAGCCGGAGCUCGUACAUGGACGAGUACAGGCGUUUGCGUAAACAAAUAUCGGACUUGAAGUCGUUCAUCGAAUUGCAGAAUAUUUCCGAGAGGAAACUCCAUUCGCCGCAGCCCUGCGGUAUCGACGAUAUUUACAAUGAGAUCGAUAAUUGCAAUAAAAUUCUGGACUCGCUCUCGCAGCAAAGCGGAAAUCUCGCAUCUAUUAACGCUCUCGUUCAUCGCUACACUCUUGACAAUCAAGACUGCGAAGAAUUCAACGGGACCGCUUUGAAAGGGGAGAUUUCGGAACUGUACGAAAUGUUCGACAAUGCCCGCACAUGUGUUACUGAGGAAUUAUCUCAGUUAAAGACUCUUUUACCAGUGUGGAGAAUACUCGAAUCGCGAUUGGAUCAGCUUCAAAUCGACCUAAAAAUGGACGAGAAACUGAUGGAAACCAUCGAUUACUCUCUUACCAAUGGAAUGUUUACGGAUCAAACCGUCGCUUCAGUUCGAGAAGUGGCCAAAUUAUUAUCAGAAACCAACAAUUCGAGCGCCCAUCACAACUCGGAGGUGGUUACUGAAGGGUCGUACUCGGACAGCGGGAUAUCCGACGAAGGAUCCGAGCAAGAAAUAGGCGAGAGGCAACGAAGACUAGCCGCUAUAAGGAGGCUGGUGCGCCAGCUGGAGACCGGAUUGUCUUCGGAUUCGAGGGCGAGGUUGAUGAUGAGAGAAAAACUGAGAGCGACCGAAGACGAACUUAAAGCUUUGCAGUUGCGCUGCAGGUCGCUGAUUUCUCGCACUUCAGCGUGCUCCGAUCGCCUGAGGCCGGCGUCGGAACAGGAGGUUUCGAAACCAGAGGAUUCGAAGGUGAAAGUCGCAUCCGGAGAUCCAGACAGCGAUCCAGGGAAGAGCCCGAAAGCGAAGUCCUGGUUCAAAAGGUUCUUCAAAGCGUCCGUAACGUUUCAGCUGGUCUUGCUGGCGUUCGUUUGCCUGAGUUGUAUUUUGGAACCGAGCUGUUGCGACUACAUGAAUAACUAUUCCUGGACUUUGACUCCCAAGCUUCACUAUGAAGCUCGCCCGCCAAUAUAAAGAGUACUUAAUAGGUGAUUGCAUGAUUGUACAAUGUAUUACGUUUUAUAUUAAAAUUUUUAAUCAUUUUCUCUACAAAUAUUAUUCUCUCAGUGGUGUCCACUCAUUUUUUACUAACUAAUAAAUUUAUAUGAAUUUACAAUAUUUUGUAAUUCUGGGAAUAUGUAAGAUUAAGGUAAAUGAAUUUUGAUACAAGUUUAAAUUAUACUCCGGUGCAAACUAAACGAAUCGUCUGCAAUUUUUGAUAAAGUAAAAAAUACAGAUGAACCAUUUAAUUUAUAUCAGAGUGUAUAUUAGAUAUAUUAUUUUUAUUACACAUAUUUUUAGUUUCUAUGUUUUAGAACAGGUACCCAUACAAAC